AUGUGGUCCAGACAGAUCACUGUCCAAAAGGCCUUUAUUCUAGCUUCUUUGCUCCUCGCAUCUGGGAUCUCAGCAGCUGCUAUCCCCGUGAGCGUUCCUGACCCGGCAUCGGUCUCUGUGGCACCAACCAACACGCAAGUGCCUACCGGUCAGGGGGAUGUCAGUCCAGCCUCACUCCCUUAUGAAGGUGUCCCAGACUGUCAGUCUUGCCGUGAAGGCGAAGACAAUGAACAGACUACCGACGAAUCCGCAAUGCAGAUGAAACGAGAGAGCGACACUAUCGCAGCAAGAACUGAGACUAAAGAGCUAACUCCCGAGGAGAAAAAGGCCGAGGAGGAAGAAGCCAAGAAGUUAAAGCAGGAGGCUUUCGAAAAGUGUCAUGGGUCCGCGGGCUGCGAGGCAUUUUAUAUGUUACUGCAUGUAAUGUAG